CACAUGACCAGGUCACCCCGCCUCCUCCAGUCCCACACACAUAUACAGGCUCACUGAGUGUGCUGACUGUUACGGAGCUGCCCUGAAGGACUAGCGCACCGUGGAAGAGAAUCUGGAGCCUGGGAUUUGUGGGAGAGACAAUAAGCCGCAAAGACUCACAGCCCCACACACCUGAGAGAAAAGCACCGAGAGUAAAACAAAAAGACGGAUCCCUUACUAAAACCAAAGGCCCUGGAACUGCAGAGAUGGAGGCCAGUCUGUUUACCCGCCGGCAGUGGGCUUCACAGUCACUGAGAGUCACUGCUAAGGAGAUCUCCCUGGUGGGCGUGAGGGGGAGGAGCAGCGCCAUUGCCGACCGCUUCACCAAAUACCAAAAGGCAGCAGAAGAGGUGAACUGGGACAGGAAGAAGGCAGUGGUGGACAGUCUCUCCCCCAGCGUCCGCGGCGGUAACCUAAGCGUGCUCAGGAGGCACUGGGAGGAGAUCCCCUGCGCAGAGUCACCACCUCCAGCCUCACCUCAGAGAGCCCGACACAACCCGGAGGAGGAGGAGGUCUUCAUGGAGAGAGCCCAGCAGUGGGCACAGGUGGUGGCGGGUGCCAGCCGGACCCCCGUGGUACCCAGCUCCCCUGCCGAGAAGCCUAGCGUGCCUCUCAACAGCCUGAAGAUGAUGUUUGAGAGAGGAGGGGGCACGCCGAACAAGGCGUCCAAAGAACCUGUGAAGACUGGCGUAAGCGGCAUCUUCUCAGAGGACACGGAUCACCUGGAGGACAAAGGCCUCCUGGAGCGGCCGGUGUCCCCCAACCGCCUGGAGAGCACACCUCUGCGGGACAGGAUGGCCAAGUACCAGGCAGCUUUGUCCAAACAGACCCCGUCAUCCGCUGGGCAAAACAGCGACCCAGUGGAACCUGAGGUCCGCAUCCAUACCAUAAAACAGAAGGAGAACGUCCCCCCCGACUCCACCAACACGGACCCGACCUCUGGCCCCAUCAGCACGGCCUGCUCCACCAUCGAUAGCAGCGCCGGAGGCCCGGCAGUGGUGUGCGACUACAGUGCUGGCUCCCUGCUGGGUCUGUCACAUGAGCACAGCCAACCCCGGACACCCAGGAAGUUUCAAUCGGCCGCAUGGGAGACCUGUGUGAGCUGCCUGAAGACGGUGUAUCCGCUGGAGCGGCUGGUGGCUGCUCAGCAGAUUUACCACAGCGCGUGUUUCCGCUGCUCCUACUGCAACACCAAACUCAGCCUUGGGAACUACGCCUCCCUGCACAACAGUGUUUACUGCAAGCCUCAUUUCAACCAGCUGUUUAAGGCCAAGGGCAACUAUGAUGAGGGAUUUGGUCACAGACCUCACAAGGAGCUGUGGGCCCCCCUCAGCGAGGGCGGUGAUGAAGACACAGCCGAGAAGGAGGAGCUUGUGGAGUCUGAGGACAUUCUGACAAGCUCGAUGGUAGAGGAGUCACCUCUGGCCAAGGUCAAUGUCUUGGCCGCAUCCCUGGAGACGCGUGCCCAGAUGGUCCCCGAGUCAGACCAGCUCGGCCCAGACAGAGCUCUGGAGACACGACGGCUCAAGGUUUCCUGGCCACCAUCUGCCGAGGGCGAGAAGGUUCCGGAUGGGGUUGGAACGGCUGUGGAGGAGGGCGCCAUGAGGCCCAGUCGAGCCAAGUGGCCCCCCGAGACACGCGCCAAGGAGUCCCUGUCGACACAAAGCCCUGAACGUGCUGAGCUCGCUAACCUGCGUCGGUGCUCCUCCCUGAAGGAACGUAGCCAGCCCUUUUCCCUGGCUAGGCCCAGUCCCUCCCCCACCUCUGCCCCCAGAGAGCCCCAGUGCCCACGGGGGGGUCUGCCGGAGAGGCAGGGCUCACCUGAAACAGGAUCACCCGUAGCCACGCCCCACAGCAGGGAAGAAGGUGCCUCAGACAAUGAGGAUGAGGAAGCUGAGCCGGAAGAGGUGGUGCAGAAGGAAGAUGAAGUUUUCACGCCAAUGGUGGACCUCCUCGAAGAAGGAAGACAGGAGCAGCCGCCAUUCCCAAUGUGCCAAAGCAUCUGUCCCGGGGUCCUGAGCGAUAGCUGGCACAAGCGGGGCUCUCAAGAAGUCGAGUCUGGGGAUGGAGAAGAGGUGGACGAGGCCGGGGAGCAUCUGACCGUGGAGGAGCUGAUUAAAAGGAACCGUUACUAUGAGGAAGAUGAGGAAGAGGAGCAGUUCGCCUGAAUCAGAGUUGGGAGGAGGAAGUCCGCCGCUCGCAGCCUUGAACCCUUUGCCUUUCUGGGCUCGAUCAUUACUUUGCUGCCUCAUUAUCUUUUCUUCGUGCCUUUUAUAGAGACCUAGUGGUGUUGAUGCCAAGCAGAGAACAAGGUGCCCUCGCUGCAUCCCCCUCGUGUUCCUCGAACACGUCACUGUUUCCGUAAGCAGGUAGCCAACUGGUGUUAGACAUACGGAAUGUACUCGGGCAUUGCACAUUAACUGGUAAAGGCAGGUCUUUUCACAACACAUAGUCUUUUAUCAGAUUUAUACCUUUUUUCUUUUGUACAUUCUUAGAUUGAUGUACUAACAUGUUUUGUAUUUUAGAUUUUUAAAAACUAUAUAUUUUAACUUAGGUUAACUUAGGGUAAGAAACUGGAAAUGUUUAAUUCUGCUUUAAAUGGCAGAGGCACAUUUUAUUUAAACUGACUGAUGUGAGAAAGAUGCUGGAAACAUAAGACCAAUGUUCAUAACACAGACAUCUCUUGCUACCCCUGAGUCCAGUCAGGUCUGGAUGCACAGGAAGUAGAUCCAUGCUGCCUGGCCACUUCCUGUUUUAGCCCCGCCUCCCCUGGCUUUCAUACACUCCCCUGCUGAGUCCGGCACCCUUUUCUCUCUCUCCUUCUUUUCAUCCUGAGUGCAUUCCUUGCUUACUUUGGCUGUCUUCUCUCAUUGUCAGACUAGUAGACACAAACUACAGGCCAGCACAGAGCCACGUAACACAUGUACCAGUUAUCUGAUUCAUAUUUCUUCGUUAAAGAUUUGAAUAAAUACUUCAUACAAA